AUGGCUGCUCCCCGACUUUUCCGCCCUGCAGCUCGUCUGCUUUCAUCGCGUCUCUCUGCGCCUCUGCGUCCUGCGUUCCCCCAACCAGCAUGCGCUCCCUCGAUCCUGCGCUUCCGGGGCUAUGCUACGGAAGGUGGUGUUAAGGAAGUCACUGUUCGUGAUGCAUUGAACGAAGCUCUCGCCGAGGAGCUGGAGACCAACCCGAAAACGUUUAUCCUAGGAGAGGAGGUCGCACAGUAUAACGGAGCAUACAAAGUGACGAGAGGUCUUUUGGAUCGCUUCGGCCCCAAGAGAGUCAUUGAUACGCCUAUCACAGAAGCGGGCUUUUGCGGUCUGGCGGUUGGCGCCGCUCUUGCUGGACUGCACCCCAUUUGCGAGUUCAUGACCUUCAACUUCGCCAUGCAGGCUAUCGAUCAAAUCAUCAACUCUGCCGCUAAGACCCACUACAUGUCUGGAGGUAUCCAGCCUUGCAACAUCACUUUCCGUGGCCCGAAUGGAUUCGCCGCCGGUGUUGCCGCUCAACACUCACAGGACUACUCGGCUUGGUAUGGUAGCAUUCCCGGACUGAAGGUUGUUUCGCCGUGGAGCUCUGAGGACGCCAAGGGUUUGUUGAAGGCUGCUAUCCGUGACCCCAACCCGGUCGUCGUUCUGGAGAAUGAGCUUUUGUACGGUCAGGCUUUCCCUAUGAGCGAGGCCGCUCAGAAGGACGACUUUGUCCUGCCCAUUGGCAAGGCUAAGAUUGAACGCCCCGGAAAGGAUCUGACUAUCGUUUCUCUCUCUCGUUGCGUUGGGCUUUCCCUGAACGCUGCCGCUGAGCUGAAGCAGAAAUAUGGUGUUGAAGCUGAGGUGAUCAACCUCCGUUCCGUUAAGCCCCUUGACGUCGAGACAAUCGUCCAAUCGCUCAAGAAGACUGGCCGUAUCAUGUGCGUCGAGUCUGGGUUCCCUAUGUUCGGCGUCUCCUCGGAAAUCCUGGCCUUGGCCAUGGAGUAUGGUUUCGACUACCUCACGGCCCCUGCCGUUCGGGUCACCGGUGCUGAGGUGCCUACUCCUUACGCCGCUGGCCUUGAGCAGAUGAGCUUCCCCCAGGUGGAUACCAUUCUUGGCCAAGCCACCAAGCUUCUGCGCUUGUAA